CAUUUGCAAUCUGUGCGGCUCUGCUCCACGAAAGGUUCUGAGCUGAAGCGCUCGGUGGCUAGCUAUGAAGAUGGAUACUGACUUCCAUAUGGCGAAAGGGGAAAGUGAAAGCAGCUACAGAAACAACUCCAGGCUUCAAAGAAAAGCUUUGUUGGCGACUGAACAAGUUCUUGAGAAGGCCGUGAAAGAAAUAUGCUCCGCUGUGCUCACUCCAAAACUGGUGGUUGCUGACUUAGGCUGCUCUUCAGGAGAAAACACACUCAUCUUCGUCUCUGAGGUGAUCAAAGCCAUGAGUGACCAGCAGCAACUGGAGGUCCAAUUCUUCCUCAAUGAUCUACCCGGAAACGACUUCAACUAUAUCUUCGGUUCACUUGGAAACUUCAAGGAGUCGAUUGCAGCGGAGCACAAGGGAGGAACAACACCUCAAUUUUACAUUGCUGGGUUGCCUGGUUCCUACUACACUAGGCUUUUCCCUUCCCAAAGCGUUCAUCUCUUUCACUCGUCGUAUUGUCUCCAUUGGCGCUCUCGGCUUCCUGAUGGUCUCGAUGUCAACGCAAAACCUUACCUAAACAAAGGAAACAUUUACAUUGCGAAGACUACACCGUCAUCUGUGGUGAAACUGUACCAAGAGCUGUUCGAGACGGACUUGUUGCUCUUCCUCAAGCUGCGGCAUGCUGGUGGCCAGAUGGUGCUGACGUUUCUUGGGAGGAAGAAUGAGGAUAUUUAUAAAGGAGAUCUGAACCAUCUUUGUGGGCUAUUUGCACAAUCUAUUCAGUCUCUCGUUCACAAGGGCCUUGUGCAAGAGGAAAAGCUUGAUGCCUUCAAUCUCCCCGUUUACGGCCCAUCGGUUGAUGAAGUGAAGGCAGUGGUCAGAAAGAGCGAGCUGUUCGACAUCAACUCUGCCGAACUGUUCGAAUCCAACUGGGAUCCUUACGAUGACUCUGGGGAUCAUAUUGUCCAAGAUAGCCUCCAAAGUGCCCUGAAUGUUGCUAAGAGCAUCAGAGCAGUCAUGGAGCCCUUGGUUGCGAGCCAUUUCGGUGGAGCCGCGCUGGAUGAGCUGUUCAGAGAAUACGCACGUAAUGUUGCAAAGCACCUUCAGAGGGAGAAGACCAUGUACUCGGUCAUCGUCCUGUCCUUGCAACGAAGAUAAAGUUGGUCUAUGCAUGUACUAACCCCAAAUGCCUGAGGAUUAAUUAUCCUGCAAUUUUAAUUUAUACAUAAAUGUACACGAUUACUGCCA